GUGAUUAACUCUAUUCGAUGACUUUAUUCUGUUAAAACAGUUCCUAAUAUGUUAUGUUGGUUUUUAGCAGGUAAAGAACAUAAGUUUUGUUUUAUUGCCUGUACAGUUACUGUUGUAGUAACUUCGUACCAAAACCCUCCGACGCGUUCUGUUUGUCUAACGAACUUCAUUAAAGGUGUAAAAACUACGUCAGAGUCCAGGUAAUCAAUGUUAUUGUUGUCGUGUUGUUGUUGUUGUUCGGCGCAGUGUGUGUACAGCGUGUACUCCUGCUCCCCUCCUGCGUCGAACACUUGCAUGUACAGACCCCAAUACGCAUGCGCACAGCCGCUCGCCUAUAUUUGUUCCGUGACAUCAUCAUCAUUCUCAGCAUCAGCACCACAUCAACUGAACAACGUCUUCUUCUUCUUCUUCUUCUUCUUCUUCUUCUUCCAUGAGAACACCUCCGUGUCUGCUGAACUUGUUUAUUUACUGGAGCUGUCCGAUUGUGUGUGAACAACAACAACAACAGCGUCGGCGACACGGAAGAUGAAGAAGCGCUAUGUGGAGGCGAACAGGCUGAGGAAAAUGAAGAAGCUGCGGUUGACGGAGAAGCUGUCUGAGAGUGCAUACACCUUCCUAAAGUUUAUGUUGAUGUGGACCCUGGUGCUGCUGGCAGACUUCAUCCUGGAAUUCAGACUCGAGUAUCUGUGGCCAUGCUGGCUUUUCUUUGGCAGUGUAUACACUACUUUCCAUUGCCACGGCCUGGUCAUCUGUGUGGUUUUUGUCUGUGCUGCCUUCACUCUUGACAUCUUCUGUUUGAUUUUCGUGCCUCUGCACUGGCUGUUCUUUGUGGCAAGCACCUAUGUGGUAUUCAAUUACAUAUGGCACACAGAGAAAGGCAUCUGUAUCUCCACCGUGUCUCUGUGGAUACUGCUGGUGUACACAGAGGCUUCGCUUCGACUCAAAGACCUCAAAACAUCACAUGCCAACCUGUCUCAUCUUUUUGCUGCACACUGUAUUGGGUAUCCUGUUGUGUAUCUGGGCUUCGACGCCACCUGCUACUUCACCAACAUCUUUAAGCUGCGUGUACAGAAGUCCGUGCAGAGUGAGAAUGACUUCCACAUGCACCUCCUGCAGCACUCGCUGCCUCCAGGCCUGCAGCUUUUCCCCAAGACCGGCACCGACGACACGUCAAGCAGCAGCAACAGCAGCUCAAGAUUGAAGCUGAAGCCUGAGUCCAGUCAGUACCAGUGCCAGAACGGAGCUGUUCUGGCCCACGAGGAGGCUCACAUGUUGGACUGCCUCCAGAUCCGCAGCGAGGAGAGAACACCAGAAAAGGGAACGCCUGAGAUGAAGAGCACUGAGACCAGCCGGCGUCCAUUGGCAUCAUCUUCUAGACAAAGUGCCAGUGAGUCCAGAGAAGUUCUCCAAAGCAGUGGAGGAGCGCCAGAGUCUCCUGCCGUCCAGGAACAUCUACCUCAAGAGGAGCAGGGAGGCAAAUCCUCACGGGCAACUAAAAGCUCUUCACCAAAAGCCUGCAGCGGAGGCACACACACUCCUACAGCACCUGUGGUGAAGACGGAGAAGAAGCAGCAGAGAUCCAGCUCCAAAACAAUCAGCCCCCACCGGGAUGUGACGGAGAGGAGCACGACAGCCGCUCAGAACUACCACACUGAGCAGAUGAACAAGCUGGAGCAGGAGCUGAAGAAGCUGAAGGCCGAGGUGCAGAGCAGCAGACAGGGCGAGCAGGAGCUGAGGAGUCACAUCUGCAACAUCACCAACAGUGAGAGGAGCCUGAGACCCGAGGUGUCCCUGCUGAGACAGUCAAACAUGCUGCUGCAGAGCAAAAUCCUGUGUUUGACUAAAAACAAACAGCGGGACAAGCAGACCAGCAUGAUGCUGGAGAAGAAGGCCAGAGCAGAGACAGAGGCCAGACUCUCUGCUGAGAAACAUCUGGCCGAACUACAGGCCCAGAAACUGGAGGAGGCAGCGAACGCAGCACGGAGUCUGACAAACAGGCAGGAACACUGUGAAACCCAAAUGUUAAGGAAAAGAGUAAAAGAUCUAGAGACAGAGUACAAACAACUUCAGCUGGAGUUUCAAGUGAAAGAGAACCGAGUGAUAGAUCUAGAGAGUGAUGUUGAGGCUUUGGGGAAGUACCGCUGCGUGGAGAAAGAGACGGACAUGCUGCUGUCCACGCUGUCGGCCAUGCAGGAGAACGCUCAACAUCUGGAGUACAACCUGAGCGCCGAGACCCGCAUCAAACUGGACCUGUUCUCUGCUCUGGGAGACGCCCGCAGGCAGCUGGAGAUCGCUCAUGAUAAAAAGCUGAAGCAGGACCGUGAGAUCAGAGAGAUGAAGCAGAAGAUCGCAGAGGUGAUGGCGGUCAGUCCGGGGGUCUCCUACGUGACCCCUCGACCUCAGGUGCCUCAGUAUCUGAACAAGUUACUCAGCUCUGAGCGUUACAUGCUGAAUCCACGAGCACUGAUGUACCAGUGUCUGAAGAAAUGAGGAUUUUUAUUAUUAUUUUUUAAAUCACAGAGCUAAGUGACAAAUGACAAACUUGUCUACCGCCAGCC